CUCCGGAAAACAUACUUUCUGUUUCCCACACAUAUUCGAGGUGAAGCUAUGUCGCUUGUUCAAGGCUACUCGUCAGACGAAGACGACGCUACCAUGUCAGCGUCUCGGGACGCUUUCGGCAUCUCAGCAUUACCUUCUGCAAAGAAACCGCGUAUGGAAGGCACUCGAGAGGAAGAGAAUGUAGAAAACGUUGAAACUAGUGCACCGGAUGUCCUCGCAGAGGACCCUUUGAAGCAAACCUCACUAGUAACGCGACCAACCGACACGCAGAUGAAUGUCAACAUCCCGUAUAAUGACAUGACCCUCCCAGAACAAGGACCGGAAAAUCCGUUUAGUGAGCGCAACCGAUUCAAAUACCAAAAUGCACUGGCGGGUCAUGUGGAGGAACAAGCAAUGUCAGACCACGCUUUUCGACAACAACACCUAACAUACAAUAUCCUUGGCUAUUCUGCAAAUCCGUCCGUUGAUCCAAAUGCUCCUGCUGUCCUAGGCUAUGUAGAUAAGGCUCAAGCAAAUGGACAUGCGACCUUGGACACUCUACGCAUUAGCCGUUCCCAGAAGAAGGAAUUGAAACGAAAACGAAAAGCGACAGGCGAUGUUGACGUUGUGGAUGGAGAUGGAGCAUACGUGGGUCCAUGGGCUGGCUGGGAAGGAGAAGAGGAGUCCAGAGACUUACCCGAAGCAGCGUUUGAAGCAGGUGAGGACGAGGAAGAAGAAUCGGAGGAGGAGACAGCAAUGACAAACAGGGCCAGGAGGGCGAAGGGAAAGCGCGGGACCGCUGGACAGGAAUCAUCUACUUUCCAUGGCAAGUCGUUGGCAGACUACCAAGGCCGGACGUACAUGCACCCACCACUUGCAGAAGCUCCUCACCUCACCUCGGAGCCAGGUUCGCAGGAGUGCUUCAUACCAAAAGUCUGCAUACACACGUACACUGGCCACACUCAAGGCGUAUCUGUUAUAAAACUCCUGCCACAAACGUCGCAUUUAUUCCUCAGUGGCUCAAUGGAUACUAAAAUCAAAUUAUGGGACGUUUAUACCUCAGGGAACUGCCUCCGUACGUUUAUGGGCCACACUAAAGCCGUAAAAGAUCUCUGUUUCUCCAAUGAUGGUCGCCGCUUCCUUUCUUGCGGCUACGAUCGUCAAAUGAAGCUUUGGGACACCGAGACUGGGCAAUGCAUCAAGCGAUUUAGUAAUGGCAAAAUACCAUACUGCAUCAAGUUCCACCCAGAUGAUGAUAAGCAAAACAUCUUCUUGGCGGGCAUGUCCGAUAAGAAGAUUAUUCAGUACGACAUAGACUCCGGCGAGAUCACGCAGGAGUAUGAUCAACAUCUCGGACCUGUGAACACCAUCACCUUUGUUGACGAAAACCGACGCUUCGUGACGACCUCUGACGACAAAACUAUUCGUGCAUGGGAUUUCGACAUUCCGGUUGUAAUUAAAUAUAUUGCAGAGCCCUUCAUGCACUCCAUGCCUGCUGUCACGCUUCAUCCAUCCAAAAAAUACUUCGCCGCACAGUCGCUCGACAAUCAAAUUCUCAUUUAUAGCACAGAUAAUUUCCGUCAGAAUCGCAAGAAACGAUUUGCUGGGCACACAGUCGCAGGUUAUGCUUGCCAGGUUGGAUUCUCUCCGGACGGGAAGUGGAUCAGCAGUGGCGACAGUUCGGGUAAUGUUGUGUUCUGGGACUGGAAAACUGGCCGGAUAAAGUCAAGAUUACACGCUCAUCAGAAGGUCGUUAUAGCUCACGAGUGGCUACCGCAUGAGACGUCGAAGGUAUUGACUGCAUCCUGGGACGGGUUAAUUAAACUUUGGGAUUGAUUUUGACCUCCUGAUAUGCUGUACUUAUCAUGUAUUGUCGUUUAAUCUGCAAUUCGAUCAUU